AUGGCUCAAAACACACUGGCCAGUGUUGAGGCAACGGCACCAUCAUCAUCGGCUGUUUCAUCAACUGGAUCAACCGCCUCGAUGAAUCCAUUGGGACCCCCGUGUGUUCUAUGCAAAUCGAAGCACACACGCUGUGACCGAUCGAAGCCAGCAUGUGGAAGUUGCUGGAAACUAGCACGCGACUGCUCAUAUCCUUCUACCAGCAACACUCAAAGUAGCACCCCAAAGGCAGAUGCCCGACCACCAACAAUAACAUCGCCUGACUCCGCGGUUUUGAUCCGGUCCAGCUCCCCUGAUCCUAAGCCCAAGGGAAAGCGUCAACGAGCUGAUGAUAGCCCUGAUACCAUUCGAAAUGGCAAUGGAAGCUCCCAAGAUGCUUCAGGUCCUUUCCAAUCGACAAAAACAGCCCAGAAACCAUCCAAGCGGACUAAGUUGACCACAAAUAAUGAAACAGAACUUCGCGACGAAGAAAAGGAACAGUGGCUCGAGCAAGAUGAGCUUAUGGAGCUUGCUGCUAUCAGGAUGGAAAAGGGUGGCCGAUGCUCAAGGGCUGUUUUGAGUCGUUGGGAGCUGUUUCUGACUGCUCCUAUGGUUGAUGAAGCAGACAGGAAAGACCUUGAGCGGAUCAUUGCGAUCGAAGAAUCUCACUCCGCUAUGUGCGUGACCACGUCAUAUAACUUUUUACACCUUCGCCGUCUGCAGCGGAUCCUCCAAGACCCUGCCGCCUACGGUGUGAGCAACCAUGCCCCAACCAGAACAUACCUGAUGAACAUGGUCACAAAUGCCCUUGAGGACAAACGGGCUUUGAGUCGGGCAAAACACAAGAUGAUUAUAGAGUUCAUUGAUCCGGAUAAAGAGAUUAUCACGCCCGAUUUGUCGUCAUUCAAGAAAUCAGAAGAACCGGCCUUAUCCAAGGAAAAGGCCGCGCCUUCCUCUUCCAAAACUCCCCAACCCUCCACCCCUUUCUCUCGUGUCCAUUCCACUCAGCUUCACAAAGAUCUCUCAAAUUCCUCAGCUUCACCACUGUCCACACCAUCUGCCACCACUUUGAAAGAUCCCCAGUCUGCUCCCACUUCCAAUAUGUCUUCCUCUAUCAAGGACCUUCUUUCAUCCAGACAAACCUCGUUCCAACCACAACAACAACACCCCUCCCCUAAACUCAAACCCGACGUUCCAAUGAAACUGAUCAAAAUCUUCAUGGAGCAUGUUGCUCCUCUCUUGCCCAUCUUCGAUCUCGACGAUCUGGACCGGUUGCUGAGAAUGACCUCGCUGCAUGGUACCUUCACGUUCCGCGGGGUUGAUCCAACGCUGGGACUUUGCUUUGCCCUUGCUGCUCUGCAGUCUCGAGACCGUGUUCACUGGCAAGCUCACGAAUGGUACAGGGGUGCUGAAGUUGAGAUCAACUCGGACGAACUCAACGAAAACUCGAUUCUUGGCAUUCAGCGACGAAUUCUUCAAGUUCUGUAUCUCCAGAUGAUUGGAAAUCUCAGCAAGGCCUGGAGUGUUCUGUCCUUGGCCCUUGGCCUUGCAGAGGCCAACGGGAUCCAAACAGUGGCUGGUGGCCCUCUUGCCGUCGACAGCACCUCCCAGCAGCGCGUGCGGGUUUUAUGGCAUUCCCUUUGGAUGAUGAGACUUAGCUUGGCCACGCAGAUGGGCAUGAACUGGCAAUCCCUGGAGACACGUUAUCCGGUGCCAAAUCCAACUUCUAUUCCAUUGGGAUCGAAGAUAAGCCAGACGCAGCUUUCUGCGAUCUCUUCUUUCUUCAAUUCUUCUAUCUCGCUUUACAGACACAUGGAAGAUAUCUUAUGCAACGACGAGCACCUGCGUUUGCGUAUCGACAUAUGCCCUUUUCGAUCAUUGUUUACGGCAGAUCUCUGUGAGCUUUUCGAGCUUGACGGCAAGCUUUUACAGUGGAAGGAAGCUCUUCCUACUAACCUACACUGGGAUGGAACGGGAAUCUCUCUGUCAAUGGAGAGCGACUUUGCUAUUCGUCGUCUCCGCAUCCUCAUUCGUCUGCGAUAUAUGUUUAUUCGACUUCGAGUUUUUCGCCCUUUUCUGAUCUUCUGUCUACGCCUUUCCCAUACAUGUUCAUGCGCAUCCGACACUUCUCAUGCAUGCGCAUCCGGCCCGCACAUUCUGGUUGGCAAAGAGGCCGAAUCGGUCGAUUCGCCUGCUAUCCUUGGUAUUGUCCGUGAUUCGACCCUGAAAUGCCUUGCCGCAGCACAAGAUAUCAUCAAAAUCCUGACGGACCUCCAUGGGAAAGGUAUUGGCAAGGGCAACGAUGACACCCUGAGAAUAACCACAUCCUCCUACGAAUGUCUGGAUUACAUCUACACUUCGGCUCUGAUAUUGAUUGCUUGUCUUGCAAUCCCUUUCAUCGUAAAGGGCGGUGGUGCGAGCAAGUCGGCUUCUAGCAUGAACGAGCAACUACGCCAAGCCGAUAUACUCCUUCGUAACUACGAGGAGUCCUCUCAUCAGACGGAUGAGCUUUCUGGAAGAACUCGACGCUGCCGUGAAGUCCUCGAUUUGUUGAAGAGUCAGAUCGGGAGUGGGACCGUGGCGCAGAGCCCAACCCUAUUCUCAGAUGUGAGGAUUUCCGUUGGUCAGCAUGUUUGGAAGAGGCUCUACGACCGACUAGGGCUUCAAGAAGAAGCCUCAUCCAAGGAGGCUUUGUCUAGCAACAACAGCACGGGACGAAAGAACUUUUUCGCCUGGCUGGAAAGUCUGCCUACCGAUCUGGAUGGCUGGGCCCCGGCUAAGACACAGAACGCUUAG